UCGAGUAUCUUUGCGGUGUCGUUCCGAUCCGCAAAGACCUUCUCAAUGCCUAUCAAGAAGCUCUCUAUGCCGUCUCUGAGCCCUCUCCUCACUUUUUUCCGUCUUUUAUUCUACGCCAACCCGACAUGGCUGGAUAGGAUCCUCUUGUGCGUGGGAGCCAUAGCAUCAAUCGCCGCCGGUGUACCCUUUCCGCUCAUCGGAAUCGUAUUCGGUGAGCUUGUCGACGAUUUCAACAGCGCAUCAUGUAACAACCAUAACGACACUGCCAAUACUGCCAAUACUGCUGAUACCGCGGAGCUACGUUCGUCUUUCAACAACAAAGUCCUGCUGCUCGUGUACAUCGCUAUCGCGACUUUUGUCCUCAUUUACACCCAUAUUGUAUGUUGGAACAUUGCUUCGCAGCGCCUAGCCCAGCGCGUACGGGAUCGCUACCUUAGAAGUCUACUGAGCCAAGACAUUGCCUUCUUCGACAAUGUCCAGGCAGGCGAGGUUUCUGCGCGUCUCAAUGGUGACAUCCAGGCCAUUGAAACGGGGACCUCCGAGAAAGUCGGUGUCUUCUUGACAUGUAUGUCGUUUUGCAUCACCGCCUAUGUCAUCGCCUUCAUCAAAGUUCCUGCACUUGCUGGCAUGCUCAUCUCUUUGAUCCCGGCUUUCCUUCUCAUGGCUUUGGUGGGCGGUCAUUACGUCUCCAAAUAUUCCACCCAGGUAUCCGGAUACUUUGCGAAGGCCAGCGCAAUUGCUUCGGAGGGCCUCAACAACGUUGGUCUAGUACAUGCUCUCGGUGCCAAUGCACGGCUAGAGGAGAAGUUCAGUGGGUAUCUGGGUGAUUCAAGGAAAGAGGGAAUCCGAAAGGCCGCGGCUGCAGCGGUUCAAGCUGGCCUACUAUACUUCAUCUCUUUUUCGGCCAACGCACUUGCCUAUUGGCAAGGAAGCCGCAAGAUUGCCGCCACUGUAGAGAAUGGUGGGAACGGUACUACAGCAGGAGACCUAUACACCGUCAUAUUCAUUCUCGUUGAUGCUGCCAUUUUCCUCAGCACAGUCGCUCCCCUCCUGCCUCUGUUCGGUGGUGCUGUAGCUGCAUUUGAAAGAUUGCGCGUGGACAUCGAUCACCGUCCUACUAUCGACGGCACAUCAACUGCAGGAGAAAAACCGACCACUGUCAAUGGAAGCGUCGAAUUUAAGAACGUCUCUUUCACAUACCCUUCCAGGCCAGAUCACCCCGUUCUUCGAGAUGUGUCUUUUACCUGUGAACCAGGCAAACUUACCGCAAUCGUGGGCUUAUCCGGCAGUGGAAAGUCUACUGUGGCAUCUCUCAUAUCGCGAUUCUACGACCCUGAAAGUGGCGUUGUUACACUGGACGGUCUCGAUCUCACAAACUUGAAUGUCAAGACAUUGCGCGGUUUUCUCAGCCUCGUCCCGCAAGAGCCUUCUCUAUUAGACCGAUCGAUACUGGAGAAUAUAGCUCUUGGAUUGGUCAAUUCUCCCGCUCACGCUCACUUGGAGAAAAUUCUUCUUUCCAGUACUCUAUCACAAGUGGCGGCAGACGUUCGAAAUGGAGCAGACAUUGAUACCUGUGGAGCGAAGCUCGGGGAUGAAGUUACUGAGAUCCUUCGCUUGGUUCGAAGCGCGUCUGAUCUUGCAGAUGCUUCAGCUUUCAUUGGGCGCCUUGAAUGUGGACUCGCGACUUCUGUCGGCUCCAGUGGGACUUUGAUUAGUGGAGGCCAGAAACAGCGCAUUGCUUUAGCGCGAGCGUUGGUGCGCGAUCCGAAGAUUUUGAUAUUGGACGAAGCCACAGCUGCACUAGAUUCCGCCAGUGAGCAGCGCAUCCAAGCUGCUAUUUCCAAAGCCUCCAAGGGACGUACUGUAGUCUCCAUUGCUCACCGCCUAUCCACGAUCAGAACGGCGCAUAAAAUCAUAGUAAUGAAGACCGGAUCCGUCUUGGAACAAGGAAACCAUGAGGAGCUGAUGAAUUUGGACGGGUCAUAUGCUGAUUUCAUCCGCUUACAAUCUGUCAAAUCCACCGACGAAACCGCAACAACGCAAAAGCCUGGCGAAGACGACAUCGAUGCGGUACCGCAAUCUGGAGGCGCGGCCAUUCCUGAACCAACCGGAGAAGGUGCUUCUGCUCCACCCAAAGAGGAGUCUCAAGCAGACCAGGAUAUCAUGGGGAAGUCCAUCUCAAAAACUAUGUUCCCCUUCAUACGCCCUUAUCUUUUCCACCUCAUUGUCGCCUUUUGUGCUGCGACUAUCGUCGGAGGCACUUUUCCAGCAUCUGGUACAAUAUUUGGAAACACGCUAGGAAGUUUCUCGCCUUGUAAUCCCGCCGACUACAUCCGUAGUCGAGGAAUGCUCUUCUCUGGGCUUUUCUUCAUGCUUGCUUGCGUUGAGUUCUUGGCCAAUUUUACCAAUUGGGCAGUGUUUGGAUACAUAUCUGAGCGACUGCUAUUCAAAGUUCGGGUUGGCUCACUGAGGUCUUUAUUAAGCCAGCCACUGCAGUGGCAUGAAUCGAACGGACGCAGCCCAACACAACUUCUCGAUUAUAUAACCAAAGACGGCAAUGCACUAGCUGGUUUUAGCGGGUCUAUCGUUGGCACAGCAUUCUCUGUCAUCAUCAACUUCGUUGCAGCUGUCAUCUUGUCCCUUGCCAUUGCUUGGAGGAUCGCGCUUGUUCUUCUUGCCAUCGUACCAUUCUUACUUGCAGCAGGAUUCAUGCAGCUGCGAUCCAUUUCUCGCUUUGCAGAGAAACACGCCGGUGCAUUUUCGUCGUCGAUAGGCAUCACCGUCGAGGCUGUAUCAAAUAUCCGCACAGUAGCAGCAUUGUCACUGGAAGACGAGAUACUGCAGACCUACCGCAGGUCCUUGGCGGCACCGCGUAAGGAGAUGGUAAUCCAAAGCAUCAAAACCAAUGUCUGGCUCGCAGUCGCUGCUUCGAUGGGCAACAUUCUAUAUGCUUUCGCCCAUUGGUGGGGCUCAACCAACGUACUGGAAGGAAGAUACUCUCAAACCCAAUAUUUCAUCAUUCUUAUUGCCUUGCUGGUGUCUGCACAACUUUGGGGUCAGCUGUUCACGCUUGCUCCUGAAAUAUCACGGGCCAAGGCUGCGAUCUCUAGAGUUGUUGGCGUUCUUGAAAUGCAGAAAAAUACUACCAACAACUCGUCCUCGGGGAAAUCAACACCGGAUAUUGACGACUGUGACUACGAGAAGAAGGAUGUCGAGUCAUACGCGAAUUCGUCGCCGCCUCUCAAUUUUUCAGGCGGGGCGGCUGUGGAGUUCCGGGAUGUCGCUUUCUCGUAUCCUGCCCGGCCCAAUGUGCAGGUCGUCAAGUCUCUUUCGUUGUCCAUCCGGUCCGGUCAAUUCUGUGCUCUUGUCGGUCCCUCAGGCGCUGGUAAGAGUACCGUUUUGGCUCUCCUAGAGCGAUUCUACAGCCCUUCUUCGGGGAGCAUUACCAUCGAUGGCUUGGACAUUUCUCGGCUCAACAGCACGUCUUUCAGAGACGAGAUCGCAUACGUGCCGCAGGACAAUGUCUUGUUCCAGGGCACCAUCAAGUUCAAUCUUUCUCUAGGUGCCAGGCCGGGCUACACACCUACCGACGAUGAGAUCCAUGAAGCAUGCAAGCUAGCCAACAUUCACGAAACAAUUAUGGGUCUUCCACAAGGCUACGAUACCGAAUGUGGGUCGAACGGCUCACGACUUUCUGGUGGUCAGCGACAGCGUCUGUCAAUUGCUCGCGCGUUGGUCCGAAAACCAAGAUUGCUUCUUCUCGAUGAGAGCACAAGCGCACUUGACGCAGAAAGCGAGAAAGCUCUAGAGCUAGGCCUUGAUCGGGCCGUCAAAGGAAACGGGGUGACUGUGAUCGCCAUCGCCCAUCGCUUGAGGACUAUUGCCAGAGCCGAUGUAAUCUUCCUUGUUGAAGGGGGUGAAGUGGUGGAUCAAGGACGUCACGAAGAGCUCGUGGAACGGAGCGAAAGCUACCGUGUGAACGCCCUGCACCAGAUGAUUGCAUAGAUUUUGUAAAAUAGAUAGACAAUUGUGUUUGUAUUCGUACUUGCAUAGCGUGGCAUCUCCUAUCCAGCAUUCCCAAUAUACAUGGAAAGCCUGUAAUAAUAGACCAUAUAUCUGAUUUGUACUACAUCUUCC